UUUGUUCUCUAUCUUUGUUCUAAAACCCUAUCCCUAAUUCAUCGCACAAACCCUCGAGAUCUCCUCCCAAUGGCCGAGCCCGAGAUCGCCGCCGCCGAGAUCCCCCCACCCACCGACCUGGAUGCCUCGGCCUCGGCGCCGGAACCCAUCACCACGGCGCCAGAGCCCAUCACCUCAGCGCUGGAGCCCAUCGCCACGGCGCCCGAGACUCGAGACGGAGAGGAGAGUCCCAAGAAGCCCGAGGAGGAUGAGGCUUCCUUAGCGGCGGAUCACAAGAGGAAACAUGAGGAACUGGAGCCCCAGGUGGACGAGUCGGCCCCAGCUCCGAUAUUGGAGGCGCCUGCCGAUGAGGCCUCGAAGGAGGAUGAUGGUGGCGAGAGUGAAGCGAAGCGGCAGCGUGUGGAUGGCGAUGCUGAUGGUGCAGCAGUUGAUGGAGCAAACGAGGCACAUGAGCUGGAAGCCCCUGCAGUUGGGAAUGGACAACUAUCUUCAGCUGAGAAUGUGGAGCUGGAGAAUGCUGAGGAUGUUCAGAAUCCUGAUUCUCUUGUUUCAGAGGAAGGCAAUGAUCCUUCUGCUUAUGGGGCUUCAACGUCUCGCAAGAUUGAAGUUCCAAGCAACAAGGUUGGUGUUCUCAUUGGUAAAUCUGGUGAAACAAUCAAGAAUUUGCAAAUCAAUUCUGGGGCAAAGAUUCAAAUCACAAGGGAUGCUGAUGCUGAUCCACGUUCUGCAACUCGACCUGUGGAACUUAUAGGGAAACUAGAAGAUAUCAACAGGGCUGAACGGCUGAUUAAGGCUGUUAUUGCUGAGGCUGAUGCUGGGGGUUCUCCUUCACUUGUGGCACGUGGUUUUGACACCACACAAACUGGUGCUGAGCAAGUUGAGAUACAAGUUCCGAAUGAGAAGGUAGGAUUGGUAAUUGGGAAGGGUGGUGAAACAAUCAAGAAUCUGCAAACUAAAUCAGGUGCUCGUAUUCAGUUAAUACCACAACAUCUUCCUGAAGGUGAUUUAUCCAAGGAGAGGACUGUCCGGGUAACUGGAAACAAAAGACAAAUUGAGGUUGCAAAAGAAUUGAUCAAAGAUGUUUUGAACCAGGUUCCAACAAGGCCAUCAUCUCUCUCAGGUGGGUAUAACCAGCAAAGUUUCCGUGCUCGUGGCCCCACUACCUCAAAUCAAUGGGGCCCUCGUGCUCCACCCCAAUCACAGAUGGGUGGUGGCUAUGACUACCAACAGAGAGGUAUGUACCCAUCGCAAAACCAGCAAUAUCCAUCCCAGCCAUAUGGUGGUUAUUCCCAACAGCCUCCACCAAGAAGCAGCUUUGGCUCUGGCUGGGAACAAAGGCCUGGUGGUUCUGCUCCGCCAGGUAGCUAUGACUACUAUGGUCAAGGAGGCCGACCAAUUGAUGGCCAACCACCGAAUGUUCCUGCCCAAGCUCCUCCAUCUUCAAAUUACCAUUAUGGCCAGCCUCAAGGACCAAUGUAUGGCCAGCCACCUCCAUAUGGACAAUCAGCCCCUGCCCAGCCGACCUAUGGACAUGGGUAUGAUGAGCCAAAAUAUGAUGGUCAAGCCCCCAAUCACCAAUACUAUGGACAACCACCAACGGGUGCUCAAUCAGGUGCUUAUUCCCAACAAGCCGGUGGGCCACCGUCAGGCUAUGGACAGCAACCUUAUGGUAAGCCGCCAUAUGAUGUUAGCUCUCAGGGAGUGCCACAGUCAUAUGGCCCGCCAAGAGCUAAUCAGCCAGCAGAUUCUAUGUACCAUGGGCCUACACCGACCUAUGGAUCCGGUGGACCUCAGUCAUAUCCAUAUGGUUCUGGUGCUCCAGCACAGCCACCGCCUUCUUAUGGCCAGCCAUAUGGCCCAAGCUCUGGUACUGUAGAUGGGUAUAAUCAGCAGCCUGCUGGAUACUCGCAACAUGGUGGUCAGACUGCUCCUGGGUAUGGCCAAGGCGGACAGCCCGCACCCGCGUAUCCUCAACAAGGUGCCCCACCGACAGGAUACGGACAAUACCCACCCUCACAGCCGGGCUAUGGUGACCAGGCAGCCACGAACAAUGCAAACUAUGGGUACCAGGGAGUAUCAACUGAUGGGAGCUAUGGUAAUAAUGCCCCAAAUGCAGGAUAUGGUACCGCUCCGGCCAGUGGCCAGCCAGGCUAUGGCCAAGCCGGUUAUGGCCAGCCACCGCCAACCAUGCCGGGCUAUGAUCAAUCAGCGGCAACCCAGCAGCCUGGUUAUGGGGCUCAUCCUAGUGGUGCACCGGCUACUUACACAAAGAGUUUGUCACCCCAGCCUGGCUACGGCAGUGCUCAGUAUGAUUCUGCUCAGAUGUAUGGCCACCAUUAAGGUUAACAUGAUAUCAUGACAUAGAAAAGCUUGGCUACAAUAGGUACUCCAUUUGGUAAAACUAGUUUAGGUCUGCUUCAUGUGUUGUCAAAAGCUUGUCUUGGUGUCAUUGGACAACAAUUUCCGGUGCUUCUUUAACCUUGUCCACUUAUUUUCACUUUUUAUCUAAUACUUUGCGAUUUUAUAGUUUUGUCUCUCGGCUGUAUGCCCUUAACUCCUUUCAGAACAGCUCAUGCUCAUGGUUUUAAUUUAUCUCUGCAUUUUAUUUCUUGCUUGACAAA